AUGUUUGUGACGAAUUGUCUUGCACAGCCUCCAAGGACCAUCGAAAUCUUGGGAUUCCACCAUGGCAUCUCCAGCAUCACGCCAUUCUUAGGCAACGUCUCAAACUCCCUUGAACACACACUCUCAACAAAUCCAGCACUAUCAAACAAUUCAACUCGUCCCAGCUCUGCCGGCUCUUUUGGCUUUCAGCCACUCACAGUGCCAGCUCGAGACUCCAACUUACACCGUUUAAAACAGCUGCAGACCGACCCGCUAUUCGAUUGGCGCGCAGGUUCUGGCUCACACGCCCGCCGUCUGAACCGCCCCCCGAGCAAACCAACUGUCGGACCAUCACGCGCACAAGACGGGCUCACAUCUCGGAACCGAACCACGAACAAAGAAACACGCGAUAGAGACGGCGCUCCGAGAUUGUCCGCCGGCGGCAUCAUGACGCGCCCUGCAAACCCUCGGCCCGGCCCGGGCGUCGUCACGACUCGGUCACGAUCGUCCAGGUCCUCCGGCUCGUUCCACGCCGGCGCUCCCAUCCCCAACAUGGCAUCCCUGAGACGGCCCUCGAUCCCGCGAUACCAGACGUUCCCGACGCCCCCCCCUAAACCGCCGGCGUCUUCCUCCGAUGCUUCCAGCGACCGCUUCGCCUCGGCCAUCGAGUCCGACUCCUCGUCUACCUCGUCCUCGCGCGAUCACGACGAGACGCCUCUGCCCGUGCGCCAGCUCCUCCUCCUGGCCUUUCUCUCGCUGGCAGAGCAGACGGCGCUCAACUCCAUAGGGCCAUAUCUGCCACAGAUGGUGGGGUCCAUGCCGGGCAUCCCCAGGGAAGAGAGCGGCCUGUAUGUCGGUCUGCUGGCCAGCGUCUUUGCCCUGGCCCAGCUCUCCACCAACUUCGUCUGGGGCUACAUGUCGGAUGUCGUGGGCCGGAAGCCGGUGCUGCUGGCCGGGACCUUUUCGCUCAUGUGCUGCUUUUGCGCCUUUGGCUUCUGCAGGCAGUACUGGCAAAUGAUUUUGGUUCACGCCGCCAUGGGUCUGCUCAAUGGCAAUGCGGCCUGCGUGCCGACUGUUCUGGGCGAAGUGACGGAUCGAUCCAACCAGAGCAAGGCAUUUACAUAUCUUCCCAUUAUCUAUUCUCUGGGAGGACUUACGGGCCCUGCGCUGGGAGGAAUCCUGGUCGGGCGCAUGGGCAAAGAAUUCCCUUACCUGGGGCCCAGCGUCCUGAGCGCCGCAGUUCUUGCGGCAGCCGUCAUUGUGGUGGGCAUCUGGUUUGAGGAAACGCUGGAAGAUGUCGACGAUGACCCGUGGAAACCAACAUGGGCUACCCGGCUCUCCAAUCGCAUUUCAAACAUCUUUAGUCGAACUACUCCUCGACGAGAAUCAUGGAGCACGAGGUGGCCUCGUCCUCAAGCCGCCUCUCAAACACAGCCCUUGUUGUCCCCAAGCUCUGAAGAGGCAGCUUCUGAUGACAACGAUGGCAGUCCAGACGAUGACGAGGCACUCGAGAUAUCAAAGCCCGCGGGCGGCAAUCACAAAGAUCACAAGCCGUGGCGCGAGCUUCUCAAUCGCACUACAAUGACCCUCCUGGUUACGUAUCUAGUAUUCCAGUUGGCCAACAUUAGCUUCAACAGCUUGUAUCCUAUUUUCGCGGCCUCUCCUUCUCCGGCUGGCCGAGAACUCGAUCCCGGCAAAAUUGGCGUCAGCUUGAGCUUCGCAGGUCUAAUUACCAUUCUCUUUCAAGCAUUUCUUUUCCAGCCGCUCAAGACCCGAUUCGGAAACUUGGGCACGUAUCGCUUCGCCCUGUUUGGUCUAGCCGUCAGCAUGAUUGCCAUGCCGUGGGUUGGCUAUGUUGAUGACGAGCCCCUGUUCGGUCUGGGAACUGGAACCAUGUGGCUGUACAUUGAGCUUGGCGUUGUACUGAUUUUGAAAACUAUAUGUGCUGUGGGCGGACUUUCGUGUGUGAUGCUACUGAUCACCAACUCGGCGCCUUCCCAUAAUAGCCUGGGAACCCUGAACGGAGUAGCACAGACAUUAUCGGCUCUAGGCCGCAGCAUUGGCCCUUUUGCUUCGGGUAGUUUGUUUACGUUGUCCAUGGGAAUUCAGCCCAAAGGCGAGGUUUUUGCGUGGAGUUUAUUUGGCGGCCUGGCUCUUUUGGGCUGCAUUGGGUCAAUCUUUGUUCGAGGUGAUGGGCUUGAGAGCGACGACUGGUAUAACGGGGAGGACGAGGAGGACGAAAGGGGCGAGGAUGAUGAGCAUGCUGACAUUGAACAACAACGGGAAUAA